AUGGAAACUAAUCUUUCAUUGAAGAUAGAUAGUAAUGAUUUCGAGCAAGAAGUUGAAAAUCAUGAACAUGUUAAAGAAGAUGAGAAAGAUGAAGUUCAUGAAACUACAGCUGGUGAAAUAGAAGAUGAUGAUGCUUCACUUUCUUUGCAAGAUAACACAAAAAUAAAAGAGUUAAGUGCUUUAGAAAUGGAGAUGGAAAGUAUGAAAGAAGAAAACAAAGCAUUGAGGAAAGUGGUGGAACAAACAAUGAAAGAUUACUAUGAUCUGCAAACAAAAUUUUCAGCCAUCCAAGAAAAUAAUAAUAAUAAAAGAAAGGAUCAUCAUCAACUUUCUCUCUCGCUACAAGACAAUAAUGCAACCACAAGUGGUGAAGGGCCAUCAAGAUUAAUUCAUGAGAUCUUUAGUAAAAAUAUUCAAAGAGCUUCAUCACCAAUAAGACUGAGCAAUAGUGAUGAUAGUAUAAGUGAGAGUGAUUUGGGAUUAUCACUAAGGUUGCAAACAAGGACAUGUGAAAAAGAUAUUGAAGAAAAUAAAGAAGGAAAAAAAGAAGAAUUGGCAGGUUUUGAGUCAGUGCAGAAUAAAUUUCAAAGAGUGCAUGAGUUGCCUGGUAUUACUACUCAUCCUGCUUAUUCCCCUCCUAAUAGAAAGGCUAGGGUUUCUGUUAGAGCAAGAUGUGAAACUGCCACAAUGAAUGAUGGGUGUCAAUGGAGAAAAUACGGACAAAAAAUUGCUAAAGGAAAUCCAUGUCCACGAGCCUAUUAUCGUUGUACUGUAGUUCCAGGUUGCCCGGUUAGAAAACAGGUGCAAAGAUGUAUAGAUGACAUGUCUAUACUAAUUACAACAUAUGAAGGAACACAUAACCAUCCACUACCUGUUGGUGCAACUGCUAUGGCUUCAACAGCUUCAGCAGCAGCUUCAUUUAUGUUACUAGAUUCAAGCAAUCUCAAUUCAGAUUAUGGUUACACAUCUCAACAAACCUUUAACCCUUACAUUAAUAACACGUUCCACCAUCCUUUAAACCCGUCUUCAAAUAUUCGAAACAUAAACCCCAAUGAUCCAUCACAAGGGAUUGUUCUUGAUCUCACUAACAACAAUAAUCUCAACGAACCGCGGCGUUUUUCUAUGGCAGGUAGCUCCAGCUCCAGCUCCAUCGCUACCGAUCAACCUCGUUUUCCUUGGUUGCAAAACAAAUUUCAACAGAAUAGUAGUUCUAGUAGUGCUAAUAUUGGAAUGAACACUUUUCAAAACCCUAGAGUACCAUUGGAUAUUCAUGAUAGAAUUUGGAAAGGAUCAGAAGAAAGUAGUAAUACUAAUAACAAUGUGUCUGCAAUUGCAUCAGAUCCUAAGUUUAGGCUUGCUGUUGCAGCUGCAAUUUCAUCGCUCAUGAAUAAAGAAAGCAACAACACUACUACUACUCAUGGUAGCAACAAUUAG